AUCCCCUUCUUUUUCUUGGCUGUCAGACAUCUAACAGUUCGGUCAUCGGCAAAAGCUCAGCUCGUCUGGACGAAGAACGACGAUGUCGAGUCUUCUUCCUUCUGUCAUGGUCGGUUCGGCCAUUGUCUGCCUCGUCAUCAAAUACUACAAUUCGCACAUUCAGCCAUGGUUUUUCUCUAAAGUUUACAACCCUUCACUGGCGGUUUAUCACGUGCACUGUCGGGAGAUCAAGCGAAAACAUUUCGAGUCGAUCAAGGAUCACAAAUCGGCCGAUCCUGAGUUGAGGAAGAAGGGCGCCCUGAGGAUCCUGGAAAUCGGACCCGGUCCCGGCUACAAUUUCGAGUUCUAUCCGUCCAAAAGUGAACUGACGGCCGUCGAAGUCAACCGCUUCUUCGAGGAGCAAUUCUUCGAGAAACAGGCCGACCAUCCGCAUAUCAAAAUGGAACGUUUCGUCGUUGGAUUCGCCGAGGACAUGAAGGACGUGCCGGACAACAGCGUCGACGUCGUCGUCUCCACCAUGGUCCUCUGCUCUGUUCGCAGUGUCGAAGGGGCCCUGAAAGAAGUCCACCGCGUUUUAGCUCCGGGAGGGAAGUAUUAUUAUUGGGAGCACAUCCGUGAAUACAAACACUUUUGGAUCCGGUUAAUCCAGCACCUGGCAACCUACACCUUCUACGACCUGGUCUUCGGGUGCAGUUUGAACCGGCGGAGCGACGAAAUCAUCAAAGCCAAUAAGACCGGAUACUCGAGCGUCGAGCAGCAACGUUUCAGAACGCCUUUUUCAAAUAAAUUGUUCGUCUUCCACAGCGCCCACGUCAAAGGAAUCGCCACGAAAUAAAUCAAAUCAAAAUAUGUACUUUCUUCUUUUUUUACUGUUAUGUAAAAAAUAGUUAUGCUGCGAUUUGCCUCUAUCCGAACGGUUAAUAAUUACGGCAUUAUAUUAAUCAGGAAUAAUAAUACACAACGAUCUUAAGCAAUA